GGGAGGAGGAGCAGUACUUUAGUGUGGUGUGGUGGUAGUAGUAGUAGUACAAGGAGGAGGAGGAGAAGGAGGAGGAGGAGCAGGAAGACGAGGAGGAGGAGGAGGAGGAGGACAGGAAGAGGAGAAGUAGAGAGAAAAGCACGAGGAUGCAGAGGAGGAGGCGAAGAAGGACGACAAAGAAACGACAAGCACGAUGGGAUCGCACAAGAUCAAUGUUCAGCACGAAUCUGGUGCGAGACGUGGUCCAUGUUCAUGCCACGGAGAGCAACAGCAAACCGAAAGAAGAGGAUAACGACGGGGAAUAUCAUCGCCGGCGUAAGCAAUUUCCACGUCAGCAGCGAUGUGACACGUGUCAGGAGCUUCCGCUGUAGCCAGGUGUGUUCCCGCAAUUCGGAUGAAACUGGUCGAGAUUGUGAUCAGCAGCUAUGCCCACGUGUCUGCAGCGAUGUCCAGCUGGGACAAUUUCCACGUCAGCACCGGGGAUUUGCAUUUGAUGGAAUGAACCUGGUCGAGAUUGUGAUCAGCAGCUAUGAACACGUGUCUGCAGCGAUGUCCAGCUGGGACAAUUGCCACGUCAGCAGCGGGGUAUUUGCAUUUUACGCAAUGAACCUGGUCGAGAUUGUGAUCUGAUCAGCAGCUAUGCCCACGCGUCUGCAGUUUUUGCCCAGCUGAGACAAUUUCCACGUCAGCAGCGGGGAUUUGCAUUUUGCAGUAUUGUCGUUAGCGGGCGGCUUGGACGUUGACGUCAACCCAAGCAGUCACCGCCAGCUGGCCAUGGUAUGCAGUUGUGUUCCCGCAAUUCGGAUGAACCUGGUCGAGAUUGUCAUCCAGGAGUGAACCUGUUUUCUCCUUUUUUUGUUGUUGUUGCCAUUUUGUGCGUUUGAAGAUUGCUCCGCAACAGGAUGUACCUGGACCAUUGCAUGGCCAGGGGGGCUGGUCUGCACCUGGCCCAACUGUCAGGAACAUUCUGGCAGGGGGCAAGGUAAUACCGGAACGGAGUCCCACUAGCAGUUUCUUUUUUUUUCCCAAAAAAAGGAAAAAGAGCGACGGCCUUCACAUAUCAACGUGCAAUUUCAAAAAAAAAACAGAAAAAAACGUGCAAUUAAAAACCCAAAAAAAAUCAACGUGCAAUUGACUG